AUGGAAAUGAGACUUACCCCAAUUGUAUGCAUUGGUCAAGGUUAUAUUCAAGGAAAAACUGUGGAUGAUAUACGGUUACGUCAAGCAAUACUUGAACUACCUAACAAUAAAACAGAAUAUCUUCCAGGGUAUUUACCUCUCGUACCAGAAAUGCCAGUUUUACUCACAGAAAACGUCGCUAGUGAGAUCGGACUCUCCAACGGUACACGUGGAAUCCUUCGUCAAUUUGUAUACGAUGAAUCACCAGAAGAUGUUCGAUACCAGGAUAAGAAUUUUCCACCAAAUACCAAGUUUAUAACGCAACCAAAGUAUGCUUUGGUAGAAUUUUCUGGUUGCAAACUUGAUGACAAACUUGCUGAAUUGCAGUCCAAAAUAGUUCCUAUAGCCAUUAGUGAACAAAUAUUCUUGUUUGAUGCCAAGGAACUUCUUCCAGAAAAUAUAACGAAAGCGGCCAAAAUAAACAAGAAAACAACAAAACUCACGGUUAAACGUAAAGCACUUCCGCUUAUACCGACAUAUAGCAUGACAACACAUAAAACCCAAGGACAAACACUCGGUAAAAUUAUCGUCGAUCUGGUCAUGGCUUCUGGACCACUCGAAGUUGCAUCGGCUUAUGUUCCAUUAUCUCGUGUAAAGAGACUUGACGAUAUACUUAUUAUACGGCCAUUUGUAUUUGCAACACUUCAAGUUAAACCAUCAACGGCCCAAAUAGAAGAACUUAAACGAUUAGAUAGAAUAGCACAAGAUACUCGGAAACGCUUUCAAUUCACAGUUUAA